UAUUUUCAACACCCUUAUUCAGACAUCAUGGAUAAGAAGUCAGUUGUGAUGAUUUUGUUCUUGUUGAUUUGAAGUUAAUUGGAAUUGGAAUUUCAUCGACCACAAAAGUUAAGGACAUAAAGAAGAAACUAAGGUGCCUUUAGGAAUUCUUGACAAAAGUGAAAACAAGAUGAACGACAUGAUAGAAAUUCUGGAAUACCUUCACAAGUUUGUGCCAAAUGCAAGAAAUGCUGAUGAAAUAGAAAAUCUAACAGAGAGGGAGGACAGGGGGCCUAUGCGAGUCAUACCUUUGGGAGGUGACCAGUUAACCUGUGAACGUAUUAGGGGGGCUCAUAUGGCACGGUUUGAUGCAGAUAGUCCAGAGGAGAGGCUGGAAGGCUGUAUGUCCAUGAUGGAAGAUUUCCAUGAGAAGAUGAAUUUUUUACAGAUGAUAAUGGACAGAUUUUACAACAGUGGAAGUGCAAGGGAACCUGGAACUUUAUAUCACUUAAAGAGUGUGAUUAACAGAAGGAAUGUCAGUAGUACUGUGACGAAAGACUAUCAUGCUGACAGUGCUUUUAUAGACUUAGUUGGAGAAAGUCACAUCAUUUCCCUUGCCUUAACACAUUUUGGAAUGGCAGAUCUUAAUGCACCGUGUAAAGUUUUCCCACAUGGUAUUCAUCUAGCAGACAUUGAUCAUAAGAAGAGGAUUCUUCGAAACCUUGUUGGCGAGCUAGUUGACAGCCAUAUAAUGAACAUACUAUCUCAGACCCUGAAUAGAGAACAACUUUGUGAAGAUGAAAAUAAUGACAGAAUUUAUAACUAUGCAACAAAUUUUUUGAAAUUCUGGCUUCUACGAAAAAUAAGCAUAGUGGCCACAAGAAGUGGAGAUGGGAUGCGCAUUUUACGUCACUGGAAAUAUGCUAUGCUGCUCUAUCAUAUUGCGCAUAAGACAAAGUACAGACUGGAAGCCUUCCUGCUAAUUGCCUGCACCAUUGCUCUCUUCACUCCAAGACAACAACAUCAAGUUAUAUGGAACAGAUUUGUCAAUUUAAGUGGUGGAAGGGGAAAAAAUUUAGAUGGGGAUUAUGUAAUGGAACUUUUAAAUAAAUAUGCCAAGGCAAGAGUAAAACUAAUAGGACCAAACCAUUCCCCAGAAACCGUACUAAGAAUAGGCAAAACCAUGAUGUUUUGCCAUGACAUUUCUAGAAACCUGGAAUGUCAGGUGGGAGCUGCUCCUAUAUCUAGGGAUCACAAAGCCCAGGAUACCACCGGAGACCUGACAAAACUUGUAAGAGAAUUACAAAGAGCGAAUGUUUUUACCUGUAUACCUGGAAGGGCCCACAAUUCAUUUCAAAAUGAACCAUCUGAUAUUUUUACACAAUUUAAUGUUAUUGAAUUCCACAAGUGGAUGAAUGCAAAGAAGAAGCAAUAUGCUGGAAAUAAACAAGCCUUUUAAAUACAUGUCAUGUACAGUGCGCACUGGAGGCUCCUCAACCAUAUCCACAGCCUUUACGAGGGAUUCCUCAUCUAAGUCCAGAACUGCAGCAGUGUCAGAAGGACAAUUACCAAAUUCACAGUUGUGCUUGCAGUUAUCACAGCACAAACACAGGCUGGAAACAUUUGUGAUUGUGGUAUCUUCUGGUGUAAAAUGUUCCAGUAAAAAUUGACGUCUACAUGAUUUUAACAGACAAAAUUCUCUCGUGUGACUAUCGGUUGCAACAGUACUUAUAUCAGCUGGGUGAUAGUAUAUAACAGACACGGAUCGAUUUCCAUCCCUUCCAGCACGUCCACUUUGUUGCAUGUAUCCUUGAAUACUGUGAGGAGCCCCCCAGUGGACAAUAACACGUACGUCGGGUACAUUCACCCCCAUACCAAAUGCAGUUGUUGCUAUAACAACUCGCAACUUGCUAUCAGUGUUACAAAACGUGUCCAUUAUGAUCGUUUUGUUUUUCUGAGCAGUCGAAUGAUGAAACAUGGCAAAAAGACAGUUUUUUGCUGAACAUGUCCCAAUAUAGGAGUUUUGGGAACCAAGCUGGCUCAUUAGAUAUUGAUAAAUGAGUCCACAAGAUUUAAUGUUUCUGCAGUAAAUGAUACAUUUUGGGGUAUUCUCUUUCAUUACAUUAAGGUCAUUACACAACCAUGAAAAACAUUCAUUUAUGCUUGCUGGAGCUUUUAUACAGACAUGCUUUAUGUUUGGCCUGUCACAACUCAAGAUUACUUCAAGAAAAUUCUUCAUGCACAACAUUUCUGAAAUUUUUUUUCUAUCAGACUGUGUGGCUGUAGCAGUUAAGGCUAACAUAUUAGCAUUAGGAAGCAAACUUCUCAAUUCUGCUAAUCUAGAGUAAUCUGUUCGGAACUCUGUACCCCUAGAAAAAAAGUUGUGCCAAAUACAAGUCAUAUUAUAGAUCUUUUUCUGUAAGAAAGUAGAAAGCUAUAAAAUGAUCUUUAUAUUAAUUUAUUAUUAUAUCUAGAAUUUCCAUUAUUUUCAUUUUCUAAAAAGUUUUACUGAAAACAUUAUAUCAGUACUAGGCAGUUUUAGUUGUAGGUAGAAAAUAGCAAAAUAUUAUAUCUUUUAUAGGUCUAAAAAUGUACCUCACUUAUAUAUACAUUGUAUUAUUUUAUGUACCAUUGUUCAACACAGUGGCAUUCGUCUAUGACAAUUGUGUGUAGGUGCUGUUGAUAUGGAUCUGUGAGGAUGAGCUCUCUCCAGGUGCCAGAGAAAAGACUUUCAGGACUCAACAUUAUCAAAGGAAUCUGUCCAUCUUUAAUCAAGCGCAUGCGUUCUGUGUAAUACAUGUAUAUUGAUUGUUUAAAAGAUAUUGAAAAGAUGAUGCAUCUAUACAGUGUAAGAGUAGAUAUGUUUUUAUUAUAUACCCAACUGUGUAUCACUCAAUUAUGCAAUCAUGUGAUGGUGUAAUCACCACACAGUGUUUUUCUGAUUGCAUAUCACCCCUGUCCGAAACUGAUGAUAUAGCACACAGUAUACAUGAAGUCCUGUGAAAAAAUGUUAUGAUUAAUGGGAAAAGUUGUAUAAUUUAUUCCCAAGGUCCUCUUUCAGUAUAUUUAGCUAAUUAUGGAGGGGUAUAUUAUAUAAUAUUUACAUUUGCAAAUGUUUUCUUUUAUAUAACACUGUUGAAAGCAAUGCGUAUCUAUAUCCAUAUAAACACAGGUUCCUCAUGUCAUAAAUGUUCAACAUUUUUUCUCAGUGACGUCAUAAAGGGUCAACGCGCAAUCAAUAGAUCAAACUUGUGCUGCUGAGUUUGAAAAAUAAAACCGGUUGGUACGAGAUCAAAUUUACCAUAAAGCCCUUCGGGCUUUAUGGAAUUUGAUCUCAUGACCAACCCGUAUUUAUAUCCUGAUAGAUGUUUCAAAAUGAUACCUUAUUUCAUAACUGAUUAGUGCUUGUACCACAAUACAUCAUUGUAUAUCAAUUGUAUUCUCAUAUCGUUCAUUUACUAUAUGUGUUAUAUGGCAAUUUGUUGUACAUAACAUAACCUUAAU